UCGUCAGGGCUUGGCAGCUGAAACGACGCAAGUGUCUUGUCCCACAGACAUUAUCCCAAGACAUACAAGAUGCUGCAUUAAAACAAAGUGUUACGAGGAUAGACUGUGAUGCUGAAAUUAAAAAUUAUUUGUGGUCCAUAUCUGAUCGAAUCGGUCAGAAUAGACCAAGAGUCUGUGGAGGUCUGACUUCAGAUGUGACUUCUGCCAUGCUGCUGGACAGUAGCUUCCACUUUCAUUUUCUGUGAAGUCCACACCCCAAAAGUGAAUCAGCUCUUACGUCAGACGUCUCACUCUGCUCAACACAACAGUUGAAUCGACGGCAGUUUCCUGUCUUACAGACAUUAUCCUGCGAGAUAAAAGACUGACCAUGUAUGCAGUUGUUACUCUGCAAGACUCAGAUGAGGUGGUGGUGGCACCAACAAACUGGCUGAGUCUAGACAAGAAACAAUGUUACUGGCCCCCAUUCAAAUCACCAGACAAGUGCAUGGAAGCUGUUCAGAACAGAAUUAAACCUGAAACAGGAGGGAGACCAUGGGAGAAACUAAACAUUAGCUUUCACGGAGAACAUGUCACUUUUGAUAUGGCAAAAGAGGGGCAAAAAGAAACCAAAGAACUGAAAGAACGCCACUGGAUUCCCUGGAAUGCUAAAAGACAAAGACUUGAAAGCACUCAAGGAAUGUCAAAUAAUUAUCUACAACCACUUCCUGCAGUAACAACUGCAUCUACAUCCAGAACAACAGCUGAUGACAAGGAUGAGCUCCUCCAAAUGCUGAGAGACAUUAAGAGCACGGUUCAGGAAAACCGUGCUAUGUUAAAGAAACUACUAAAAGACAAUACAGUUUCUGAAGCCCCCAGCAGUACAAGCGUGCCUUCAAAAAAUGUUAAAGCAAACCUAAAACUGCCUCAUAGAACCUUUGAAGAUAUGGCCAGGACUGAAAGAGAGCUCAGCACCGCAACAACACGGAAAAAAUAUGUAAAUUUUUUGUCAGGACUUGGAGGUUUUGGCCCCAAGGAUGUGAUUAAGAAUAUUAUGCAGCAAGUUCUAACAGAUGAUCUGGCUAAGGAAUUCAACUGGCAGGGGAGAGGAGAAAAAAGACCUUUCUCUCAUCUUAUUUUAACAGAUGUGGUCCGAGAUGCUGCAUUCAAACGAAGUGUAAACAGGGCUGAGUGUGAAAAUGAAAUAAAAAAAUAUUUGAGUUACACAGCUGACCGACUCGGUCGGAAGAGACUAAGAGAGCAAGGAGGUCCUGGGCUUGAGAAUCCAAAUGAGAUUUCCCCCUCACUGAUGCCAGAGACGGAAAUACCUUGGGACAUUUUGGGAUUUUGAUCAUCAAUUUAUAAUUUAUUUCACUUUGACAUAACUAAAUUAAUUGUCAUGUUUUCAGUCAUAUGCCAGCAGUGGGAUUAGCAUGCUUGUCUUAUGCAAUAUCUAAAAUAUUAAUUAUAUAUAUAUUUAUUAUUAUUAUUAUUAUUUUUGUAGACUACAUAUGUCUUUUCCAAUGUUUCAUUCAAAAUAAACCAGAAUUACAGAAUUACAGACUCCUUCUUUCCAGUGCAGGAUUUUUAGAUAACUAAUCUUACACUAGUGAAUUUACUGUAUUUAUGAUCAAAAUAAAAGAUACACCCAUAUGUU